UGCAACCACUGAAAUUUGCAGUGCCUAAAAAUGCAUGACGACGUGUAUUGGUAUCAGUGUGGUGAUGAUUCAUCAGUAACAUAAGCACAUAUGUACAUGUUUAAAAGGAUAGAAGGAAAUAACAUACCUAAUUUAACUACAAAUGCAUUCAACAUGAUUUAAUUUAAACAAUCUUUACACAAGUUUAAAACAACAUAAACAGCGUAAGUACUAUACAUACAUGUACCCACCAAUGUAUGUACAUGUCCGACAAGAUUAAAUAGCAAUCAAGCAUAGUACAUAACCUAUUAAUAAAAUAUUUGAAAUUUCCCCAUUUUAAUUUAUCCAUUUAUUUUAUGAACAAAUAUAUUAAUGGAAUUACAGUAAAAAUCGGUUUUAGUUUUAAAAAAAUGCAUACUCAUUUCAUACCGAAGACACAUUUUGUUUUCAUAUGCGUGUGCAAUGCAAUGCACACAUAUGUACAUAUUGAUCAAGCUGCUUGAUUCAAGCAGUUCAAGAAGCUAAUAAGGGUAUAGAUUUUUGUUGGAUUUAGUUUGUGUAACUAUGCAAAAUAUAUUCAUCGAAAAAGUUUACUUAUAUUUUGAAAUCUUUCACUUACGUUCGUCAGCUCAAAUUAUGCAUUGAGUCUCCUAACGUAAAUUAGUCCAUCCGAUAAAAAAUAAGAAGCUGAAAAAUGAGCACUGUUGUGGGACCUGAACUGAUCGAGUGUAAACCUCAAUGUCAUAAUGCAAUGGUUACAUCGUCGCCGUCACGCCCUUCUUCAGAGAACUUUUGUCUUCGACCCAUGAGGUACAAUCACUCAGCAAGGAUUCCAUGGCCAUCAACCUACGCCGCAGAGUCUACACUUCAUCUCCAUAAACCCGACUAUCUUCUCGGUCCUGAUCGCAUAAUCGCACAUCAGGCUUUCCUAACGCAUAGCGGGUCCGUUCAUGACAACAAGUUUUAUCAAGAAGAACGAGACUUUCAACCGAAACACCCACUUGCACCAUCCAACACUUUGGUGAAGUACAUACGCCCAGAUUUUUACCGCAAAAUGGAAGGAGUUGUUAGCAGAAAUAUGAAAGCGUAUAAUCCGUUCCCCAAUCGGUUGUCAGAAACAAAAGCAAACUUUACUCCGCAUUAUCCUGAGGCUUCAAUGUUUGGUCAAGCUGGAAUUUUCAUUACUGAUCAUUUCGUUCAUAUGCCUGCAAAUCGUGUCAAUGUUGUUCCAGCAUUUUCAUACGACGACAUGUUUUCAACCCUUCGGAAAGCUCACCCCUACAUGACGACGUAUCGUAUUUAUCACAAAAACUUUCAAGACGAACUUCCACAACAUAAGUUUUUGGACAGUUUAUAUAAUCUAAAGAUUGGCCCCUCUGUGCCAAAAUCUCAAAACAAUGACUGUGCUGUGAAGUUGCUUGUCAGACCCAUGUUGGACCCGUUCGAACAAACUUUGGUCAAAGAAGGAACGCUUCCCAGUUUGGACUUGAAACGUGAAAAUCCAGGCGAAACUCGUAAUUUUGCCCACCUGAAGCAAUUCUUCCGUCGACCACCGUAUGCGGGAUGUCCACCCCGCGUCCAUCAACCCGUUCCCCACAUGGGAAUGAACACCACUUAUCAAGACACGUAUGACCGACCUCUUCACCCAAACAUGGCUCUCAACCACUGUCAAGACGAACGAUUCUGCUAUGUUCAACCCCCUCUCAGCCUCUCAGGCCUGCAUCAUGUUCCUGAAGUGUACUACACGGAGAACACGAUUUACGGAUCUGGGAGGAAUGUCGCCUCCUAUGUUGACAACGACCCUCGAGACCCCAUGUGCAAGGGAAAAGAAAUUCGGGAUGAGGCAGCCUUUGCAGCAGAACUUCUAAAAUCCUCACCCCCUCCUUCCGGGUGUCGUCGUGGGGCUGGGAGUGGCUGUCCAUUCCCAUCAUGAUUACGGAGUGCGACCGACCAAGAAGUCAUUAAAAAUUAUGAACCCUAAAACUUUAUACAUUUCUGCACUGUGACUCGUUCUUUCCGUACGCUGUCCUAGCAUAAAUAUGUAUGGCAUGCGAAUAAAUAUAAUAAUACUCGUAUGUGUAU